AUGGAGGACUGGAUCGUUUACGACGGCAAAGUUACCAUUGAUGACUUUCUUGACAAAAACCAGCCUACUAAAAUUGAUUUCGUUAACAUGGGAGUCGUUGCAGGAGAUCCAAAACAGCGUCCACACGCCAUAGCCGAACCCCAAAAGACAACGCUUCUGCAAGAGUGGGAACAAAGGAUAAAAAAGCCGGGGCGAAUUACCCACUAUUACGUUCAGAGACUUGCAAAGAAAUAUGCUUACAUGUCUGGAAAGUGGGUAAUAUAUUGUCCAAGGUAAGAAAGACAACAGUUAAUAUUUAAGCUUAAGUUUACUUUGAGAAAUAUAGAAUCAACCUCACGAUCAACGACUGCUUCGUGUAAAAUAUCGGUUCGGAGAAGCAGAUAUUGCCUAGAAUUUUCUUGAGGACGGCUAAAAAUUUCUAAAUGACUGUUCCAUUCACGUAAAAUUUUCGAAUUUUAUCUAAUAAAUGCAAUACGAUUUUCUUAAGAUUAUUUUUUUCACAAUUUCACUUCCUAUGUUACGCUAUUUUUCAGGCAACCUAAAGUUUUCGGAUUCAAAAAUGUGAUGAAGAGGAGAAUCAGAAAAAUUCUCACUUUCGUAUACGUUUCAUUGUAUUUAAAAUUUUCGGGAUAAUAAAACUGAAGCCCUUGUAAUUUCGAAAAGACUCAAGUUUCCCCCAGGAUGACGGAACACCUCUGAAACAGCUAGGUUAACGAGGAAACUGUCGUUUGAUGCCCCUGUAGAAUUUGAUAUAUUAUAUAUUCAGCUUCACAAAAUCUUUCUUAGCCGUCUUCUUUAUCAUGAGUGAUUUUAUAUCAUAAGCACUCUGUUUUGGUUUGGUUUAAUUGAUUUAGUUUAAUUUAAGUUUAUUAAAAGCGCGGAAUCAGACUGAUUUCCACGAUUUUACGCAUCAGCGAUUAGUUCCUAGUGCCACGGUGGGGAGAUCGGUGGUAAAAUAAUAGGUACGGUAUAGGUCAAAAAUUGAAAAAUACAUCGAUUGCAAUGAGAAAUAUAAGUUCAUGAACGAAAUGAUAUGAAGCAAAUGUUGUGAUAAAAAAAUCAAUGGGAAAUGAGUCCACAAAAAAGAAAAAUUGAGUCGAUCCACAGGCAGCCCAGUCAAUAGCUGUAAGCUGGAAAGUAGACUAUAUUUGCCUGAAAAGGAGUCAACAAAUGUGCAAUAGUUCCAAAUGGAUAUUCCUUUACCAUUACAUGGCAUUGUUCAUAGAUGGUUUUCCUGGUUAAUUUUCAACUGGAAUUUCCUCUUCCUCUGUUUUCCACCAAAUAUGACACCCCUAUCUUAUGGGUUGGUACAGCCAAAGCUUGUAUAAAUGGAUCAGAUUCAGUGGAGCCAAAAAAUGGAAAUAUUGCAAAACAAUUAGCUCCUUAUUACCUUUAACUAUGUUUCGUUGCUGUUCCAGGUUGGUUUAAAUGACAUUUUGUUGAGUUUUGCACUCAGAGGUAGUAUUAUUUAGUGUAUAUAACUACCUACGAGUGCAAAACUCAACAAAAUGACCAAGAAUUUGCAUUCUUCACACUUCAGGGUUCUUGUCAUAUUUUCUACUUCGAGGAAUGCUCGGAGAAUUAUUAGCUGGGGUUUUCCUCUCCUGGUAUGUGAGGUCUACGACAGCAUUUUGAUCUUGAUGUGCAGGUCUGGCGGACAAAAUCGAAAGUGUUCUUUACCUGUGAGGAGCCAAAACGGAUGACAAUGACACUGAACUAAGCUCCCUCUUUAAGUCUUCUAUGAGUCUAGCAAGGGAGAAGAAAUUAUCUGUAGUAAAGGGUUGAAGCUUUGUCUUAAUGGAACAAAGCCAUCGACUGACAAGACAACUGGUCAGCAAUCUCGUUUUCAAGUCAUGUUUUUUUUCUUUCAUCUCAACCCCUUUUUUUUGUUGAUUCAAAUCUGCUUAGAAUUUUUUUGUUCAUGAACAUAUAUAUUGCAAAUCUUAACUUUUAUUUUUCAUUGCAUUUGAUGUAUUUUUGGUUAACGUAACUGCAGAACACCUGGCCACUUAAUAUACAUCUGUAAAAGCGGUUCCCACAUUCACAAAAAAUAUUAACACAACAAAUGCAAAGAUAAGUCAAAUGGUGUAUGUAUCAUUCUUUAUUGUUCUUUAGGCCUUCAAAUAUAGUAAUGCACAAUCCUAUGUGGGUGCAUGAUUCUUUGUUCCCUACAGCCUUCAUGUAAAAUUUAAAUAAGUUAAACUAAUAUAUGUAACAUAUUUGUUGACUACAGGGCUACAGGAACUGUACUUACUUGAUUUUAAUAGAUUCAUUGAUUACAGGACUGUGGGAGCAGUCGGUUUACUUACUUUAUUUUAACAGAUAGUCAUUGACUACAUGGAGCGAGACUGCAGGAGUGUGAACUGAAACCACACUUCUUACUUAAACACUGUUGGACCACUGGAGGAGUUGAUUGAUAUCGCUUCAAAGUGGCUGGGUAUCCUGAAGUUGCUAUGAAUUUUUCAAUUUUCAACUGUCAUAUGUUAUGUUUUCAACGUGUUUUUACCACUGGUAUAUUUUUGUUGGCAAUGUAACGCCAGGGAUGGGGAGUGAUGAGUGGCGUCCACAUUUUCAGGCUGUACCAUAACAUGAGAGCAUGCUUUAGCAAUUAUUCACAAGAAAUGAAGGGGUACCAAAAGACAAAACUGUGGGAAAACCCGCAGAGAACCCAGCUGGAAGUAUAGCUAAAUACAUGCAAUUAAUUACCAAAAUGUUUUGGCAAAUUUUGUUCUUUUCAAGAUCUAAGAUUGAUGCAACCUGGACAGCUAUUGCCAAAGCAGUGGUCAGUGGAACAUCAGGCACUGCUGCUAAAAUGUUUGAAAGUGACAGUGGUGAGCAAGAGAGUUACUAUGUCAUCUGUGUGUACACUGAAGACUUCACUAAUAAGGAGCAAGUGUGGGCUGCUGAACAAAGUCUCAGGAAGCUUGGAAUAACUGAAAUUUUGCGCUACAAACCAGAUAUCUACACAACACUGGGAAUUUAUAGUGGAAAUGAGUGGGGAAUCAGGCCCACAAUCUAUCAGUCAAGAGCAUGCAAGUGA